AAUAGAUUUUAAACAUUUUUAUAACAUUUCGGGAUUUGUUUCAAGCUGUUGAAGAAAAUGUAUGAUGUGAUUUUGUUCUGCUUGUGGAGUCUGUCUGGUGUGUUAAGUGAGUCUGUGUCAGUGACUGAAGGAGAUUCUGUGACUCUGUCUGUGGAUCUGACUGAAAUAAAAGAUAGAAUCUUAUGGAAGUUUGGAGCUCAUGAUGUUGUCAUAGCUGAGAUGAAUGCCGAGCACAAUAACAUCAGAUUAUAUGAAGACAGACCUGAUGGAAGAUUCACAAACAGACUGGAGUUAAACUUACACAAUGGAUCUCUCACCAUCAAGAACAUCUCAACUAAACACUCAGGACUUUAUCAAGUCUUCAACACCUCCUCAGGGAAACAACUCAAUAUAUUCAACAUAACUGUCUAUGCUCGUCUGACUGUUCCUGUCAUCACCAGAGACUCUUCUUCAUCUUCAGUAUCAAAUUGUGUGUCUAGUAGUGAGUGUGUGUCAGUGACUGAAGGAGAUUCUGUGACUCUGUCUGUGGAUCUGACUGAAAUGAAAGAUGGAAUCUCCUGGAAGUUUGGAGCUCAUGAUGUUGUCAUAGCUGAGAUGAAUGCAGGGCACAAGAACAUCAGUUUAUAUGAAGACAGACCUGACGGGAGAUUCAGAGGCAGACUGAAGCUGGAUCACACUGGAUCUCUCACCAUCAACAACAUCACACUCACACACUCCGGACUUUAUCAAGUCAUCAACACCAACACAGAGAAUCAACUCAAUAUAUUCAACAUCACUGUCUAUGCUCAUCUGUCUGUUCCUGUCAUCUCCAGAGUCUCUUCUCAAUGUUCUUCAUCAUCUUCAUCAUCAUGUUGUUGUGUGUUGUGUUCAGUGAUGAAUGUGUCACAUGAUGUGAGCGUCUCCUGGUACAAAGGAAAGAGUUUAUUGUCCAGCAUCAGUGUGUCUGAUCUCAACAUCAGUGUGUCUGAUCUCAACAUCAGACUCUCUCUACCUCUGGAGGUGGAAUAUCAGGACACAAACACAUACAGAUGUGUGGUCAACAAUCCCAUCACAAACCACACACAACAUCUACACAUCACUCAUGUCUGUCAGGUGUGUUCAGGUCUGAACAUCACUCAACUCUGUCACAAGUGUUCAGGUUUCAUAGUUGUGAUGUGUUGUGCUGUUGUUGGACCUGUGAUGAUUGUAGCCGCACUUCUCAUCUUCUGCAGAAAACACACACACACACAACAACAAGAUCCGGCCGGUGAAGAUGAGAUCACUUACGCAGAGACAACCUUCUGUAAAAGACAAACACAUCAACCGAGAUGUGCGGUGGAGGAUGAUGUGGUGUAUUCAGGAGUCAUGAGAAUAUGAUCAAACUCUCUGUCCAUAGACGUUCAGAUUACAGUAACUAUGUCUGCUCAACACACCCGUUUAAAGUCUAUUAAAUGUCAUUGAAAUGAUGCAAUACAAGCAAACCCUGUGAUGCCAGUGAAGUAUAUUCUUUUCACUGCUGUCUUGACAUGAACUACUGAAAUAUGAGCGCACAAAAGAUAUGAAAAGAGAAUUGUUUCUGACUUUGACAAAUGUUUCAUGCAGAUUGUAACAUUAUAUUGUUUUUAACUGUAUAUUACACAUUGGUUUUUAUCUUUGUAUAUUCAGUGAUAUGUGCUAUACAUAAACUGCAUAUUUGACAUGUUUUCUUUUUCAAAAUAUAAAAUAAAACAAAUAAUUAAAUAACUGAAUGUAAAUCAAUGGAGUGUGAUGG